UUGCGGAACAACAGUCUGGUGAAUGCAUUUGAGAGAUGCAGAGGAGACGAUCGAACAGGCAGAGGAUGAUGCACUGUGGUCUUGUCUCUGUCAGUCGGCGGCGUCUGCAUGUAAGAUCCCGUAUCGAGGAUGGUGCUGCCUGUUGGAGGGCAAGGUGAUACGAGAAGGGCAUUUGCGAAAUUGAGGCUGUGAGCGGAGGGUGCUUGUACGAUCCCUUGUCGAGGAUGGUGCUGCCUGUCAGAGGGCAAUGCGAUUCGAGAGCGGCGAUUGCGAAAUUGAGGCUGUGAGCUGAAGCUGCGCCCCGAGGUCUGGCUGCUUUUCGGGUCGGUGGUGCAAUCAGGCAGGUUGCGGUCAUGGGUCUCGAGGGGCACAUGUCCGGCGGGGGGGGUAUGAGGGGCAAUCAAGUGCAGCUCACGGACAAGAAACACCGGCCGCAGAAGGAGUUAGCGACAUCCUCGCGCCUUGACAACGAUAUAGAUGAUGCGGACCUAGAGUUUGGGCUGGACGGAGGACAGGAACCGGAGGCGAAGGAAGAAGAGCUUGACGAGUACGACGAUGGCCUGGAGCACAAGGUGGUGGCGGAGGAAGAGGAUGGCCCCUCGACGGCACUUGCUCGUGAGGAGGCGGCAUUAGAAGAGAAGGUUAUUGAGAUCAUUACUAUGGGGCAGCUAGAAGAUCUUCGGCCCAAUUCUGGCCAAUCGGUGGUUGUGAAUGGCCACAACAUCUGUGUGGCGUUCCACGACGAGCCUGCUUCACCGUACAGGGCAUGGGAGUGGCAUGGGCAUAUUAUGAUGUACUCGGACGAGGAAGGCUACUCAGCGGAGUAUGUAUAUGGGAAUUUUUUUGAGCCCCUCGAUGCCACAGUCAUUCCACGAAUUCCAGCAAGGGUCCAUGGGACCAGCCAGUUCCAUGCGAGCAGUUGUAGAGGAGCAGUUCCAUGGGACCAGUUCCAUGAGGCCAGUCUUGAGAAUGUUGUGUCUUUCUAUAGAGCACGAUUUUGAGGUGUGGGCGAUUGCAAAAGGUGGGAGGAAGAAGAGGAGGAAGUUUGUUUUAGUCAGUUGGCCACUGCAUCAGAUCCUGCUGCUCUCAAUUUCUUGCUCCUUAUGCAGGUUGUGCUACGAGACCCAUUCAUCAAAAACGUUUUUGGUUACGGUGGGGAGGAAGUUGGGAGGGAGAGGAGGAAGUUUUUUUAAGUCGGUUGACAACUUUACUUUCUGUGGGGUAAGUGACUGAACCUUUGGUGCCAUAGCUGUGCUUGUCCACAAACUAGAGGGCCCAGUUUUACUUGCGGGCUUUUGCAGGGCGGGAUCGCGUCAAAGGUUACGUCGUCCAAUGCUGGCGGGCGGGGCCCAAAUGACUUGUCUGGGUGCUCGCCCUGCACAGAAGCUCAGGCUGUCAGACAGACGGCAUUGUCGAUGUCUUUGUGAAAAUGGAAGGCUUCAUCAGAUCCAAUGGAUACGGAUUUCCAAGGGACUCUUAUGCGCAUGCUGCUCUGCUGGCCAGCCGCACUCGCAGUCUACCUCUUUCGCUGGUGUCCAUCCAAUGACCAGUAAGCACGUCCGGGCAAUUAUCCCACCGACGGUAAAGGGGUCCCGCCUUGUUUUGCAUGGCCUGGCUGUUUACACACUCCACAGCGUGGAGUAAGGACACAGAUGGCAAUUGAAGCACGUAUGAGAGGCCUUGCAGUUGUAGAGAAUCUGCGUCCGUGUUUUCGGGGUUCUUCUUGCUCACCCUUUCUUUCCGGAGCCAGACAGUGUGGUACGCUCGAGCUUCACCAAGUAUCGGUCCCGGACCUUUCUGUUUGAUAGUGGCAGUGAGCGCGCAUACAUGCGUGUGUGUGCAUGCAUGUGGAGGUCUGCUUCGUUUGCGGUGGGGACCACAGACACUGGUUGGAAAGAAGUGGGCAAAGGGUUGUCCUGCGCUGCGGAUGCUCUUAUCACACUUGUUGAUCCUCGUCAGAAAGACACGGCAAGGGUUGUCCAGCGCUAGGGAUGCUGAUCCCACGGGUCGAUGCAGGCUUGCAUGCAUGCAUCUGUGCAGUGUGCAAGUGAUUGCCUGCAUGCAUGCAUUUCUUCCGAUUCGGUCGUGGAGACUGUUGCGAGAAGAAAAGCGGCUUCUGUGACGACUCCGAGGGGUGGGAUCAGCACCCCUAGAAGUGCUUGCAGGCAUGCAUGCAUUUUUUCUGAUUCGGUGGUCGAGAUUGUUGCGAAAAGAAAAGCGGCUUCUUUGACGACUUCGAGGGGUGGGUGGAGUUCUGCUUCAUUUGUGGUCAAGCACAGACACUGCUCAGGAAGAAAUGGAUGGGCAAGGGUUGUCCGCCGCCAAAGAUGGUGAUUGCACAGGUUCGUUCUCGGGAAGGCGGGUGAUCGCCUGCAUUGAUCCGAGUGCGGUGCAUGCUAUCUCUGCAAAUGAGGAGGCGGGUAAAAUACAGCAUGUGGGCGGUGUCCGCUUGUGUGCCAUUACACGGCGUCGACGAUCGACUGUAUUUGGAUGAAAGAAGUGAAAGGAAGAUGGGUAUGGUGGCGAUCACGCUGACAGUGCAUCCCCCACCGGAGGGUAGAGCCUUGUCAACCGCCCGGUUUCUCGCGCCGCUGAUGACGUCUUCUUGCCGUGCUGUUGGCAGUUUUGUGUCUGACUACCGUAGAUGUUGUCUCUGCUUCUUGCAGCGCUCUCUGAUGAUUUCUUCUUCCUGUGCCGCCGGCAGUUUUCUGUCUGGCUACCGUCGAUGUUGUCACGGCUUCUUGCACUCUCUGGCGAUGUCUUCUUCCCGUGCCUGCCGACAGUGUUGCGUCUGACUACCGUAAACGUUGUCAUCGCUGCUUGCCCUCUCUUCCGUGCGGAUUCCGUCCGUCACCGACAGACGACUUGCUGAGCUUCUUGUUCAAGCUGCCGCACCUGACCGGGUGUGGUCGGCAUGUAGAGGUUUCAAAUUUUCAAUGCCUGCGGUAUGCCCUCAG